AUGGCCGAAGACAUUGAAGCAACCAGACACUGGGUGCCCCCCCUGGCGACGUUGACACUUUUUAUUCCACCAUUGCUUUUAUUUGCUCCCGAAACUAGACAUAGGGGGAGAUUUUUUCUGCUGUUUUGCCUGCUGGCUCUGCUGAGCGGAGCGUGGUUCGCCAUAGUUUCUGAGACGGUAUCAGAACCGUACUUGGAUGAAGUAUUUCAUAUCCCGCAAGCUCAAAAGUACUGCGAGGGCAAGUUCCUUGAUUGGGAUGACAAAAUCACGACUCCGCCAGGACUGUACUUAUUUUCCAUCGUUCUACAGAGGAUUUUUGCGGCUGUGGGGAUUCCUGGUAUGUUCAGCUGCGAUGCUAGUAGCUUGCGAGUUACAAACGUGUUAGGCCUGAUCAUUCUCGCCUCCUUGACGCUGUUGUGCCGACAUGAAAUUGAAUCACGACUAUGCGAGGCACGUUCGUCAACGAGUCUCGAGACCAUCUCACCCUAUGCUGUACACACGGCUUUCAACAUUGCGCUAUUUCCACUGCUGUUCUUCUUUUCAGGACUUUACUACACUGAUGUCAUUUCGACAGCUGUCGUUGUUGGUGGCUAUUUAAACCACCUCAAGCGUGUCGGACGAGAUCGAAGCUCUUGUGUGAGUGAUUUGACCACCAUUUUUCUGGGCCUUUUGGCUCUAUCUAUGAGGCAGACAAAUGUCUUCUGGACUGUGGUGUGGAUGGGGGGCUUGGAGGCUGUCCAUGCCAUCAAGACACUGCGGCCGCAAGGUGUAGAGCAGCCUUUGGUGACUACAUUAACGGAGCAAGCCAAGUUUUAUGCUUGGAGAUACUCCAUUGGCGAUGUUCAUGACCCGCCUCUGAAUCUGGCUAGGCCAGAUGAUCUGCUCUUCACAGCGAUUAGUCUUGGCAUUGCAGCGCUCUGUAAUCCCUUUCGAGUCACUCGCCAAAUAUGGCCAUAUGUAUCAAUACUCGCUGCAUUCGCUGGCUUUGUGGUAUGGAAUGGCAGUGUUGUCCUGGGUGACAAGUCGAAUCAUGUUGCCACCAUUCACCUUGCCCAGCUACUCUAUGUAUGGCCGUUCUUUGCCUUCUUUUCCGUCCCUCUUUUCUUGCCGCAAGCAAUUUCUCUUCUCCGCAUCGCAAGAAAUGUGCUUCAUUCACCUUCACAGAAUAGCCAAAGGGCCCGUUCAGGCCGGCCCUCAAAGAUGUCUAAACUCUUAGGGUCUUCGAAUUCUGUCAAGUCGAAGGAAUUAGGUAAGGCCAAGGCAACGGAUGCCCGAGACACUGUCUCUCCAGCCGUCGCCGACUCCCCCAGCCUUGGGUCACCUUCACCUCCUUUGAAGCGGGCCAAUUUCAUAUUCAACUCCAAAUUCAUUCCUUGGAUAAUUUAUAUUCUUUUCACCUUUGCUGCACCCGCAGCAAUUGUCAAAUUCAACACUAUAAUCCAUCCAUUCACGCUUGCCGACAACAGACACUACAUGUUCUACAUCUUCCGAUACACUAUCCGCCGCGGCCGCCUGAUCAGGUUUAUGCUCAUUCUUCCAUACACGAUCAGCAGAUGGAUGGUUUGGGGCACAUUGACAGGCUGUCCGGAUUCGAUCUUGUCGAGCAACCGCGAGCUGUGCUCUGCCAGGUACAACAUGAACGAACCUGCUCCCUACACGAACUCCCCCCGGUGGAUUGCACGGGGGACGAAGAAGACACAAAAAUGUGCAGAACAUCCCCAGGACAUGAGCCAAGUGUCGAGCUCCUCGAUAUCGACCGACGAUGAACUGAAAAGUGCUCUGAAGAAUGACCCAAUCCUGGUCUCGGCUGAGCCGACUUCAACUUCGACAGGCCUCAUAUUUCUGCUUACAACCGCACUUUCCCUCAUGACAGCACCGCUUGUUGAGCCUCGCUACUUUAUCCUUCCGUGGGUGAUGUGGCGCCUAUUGGUACCAGCUUGGAGGAUCCAUGAUCAUGCACAUGCCAAUUCCCUAUUUGAGAGAGUGACUCCCCCGUCGAUUGUGAGAAAAACCGGGGCAAUAUUGCGACGUUUUGACUUGCGACUCGUUGUCGAGACCCUGUGGUUUGUGGCGAUAAACGUGGCCACGGGAUAUCUAUUCCUCAUGAAGCCAUACAUAUGGAGAGAUGAACAAGGAAAGAUUCUCCAUGAUGGCAGAUUACAACGGUUCAUGUGGUAG